GCUCGUGCGGCCUGCACCUGGGGCCCCGCCUCAGCGAGGAGGGCUCGUCUGCGCCCCUUGCUGGUCCGGCUCUCCUCGAGCCGCAGCGGAGCAAUGCCGCGCUAUUGCGCAGCGAUUUGCUGUAAGAACCGCCGGGGGCGAAACAAUAAAGACCGGAAGUUGAGUUUUUACCCGUUUCCUCUACAUGACAAAGAAAGACUUGAAAAAUGGUUAAAGAAUAUGAAACGAGAUUCCUGGGUUCCCAGUAAAUACCAGUUCCUGUGUAGUGACCAUUUUACUCCUGACUCUCUUGACAUUAGAUGGGGUAUUCGAUAUUUGAAACAAACUGCAAUUCCGACAAUAUUUUCUUUGCCUGAAGACAAUCAGGAAAAAGACUCUUCCAAAAAAAAAUCUCAGAAGAAAAAAUUGGAAGAUGAGAAAGAAGUGUGCCUAAAAGCCAAGUCAGAAGAAUUAUUUGCAUCAAAUGAGCCAAAGAAAAGUAUGGUUAACACAGAUGUCAUCCCUGAACAUGCAGAAUUAAUUGAUUCAUCUGCUGUGGUGGAGCCACCAGUUGCAAAAACAGAAAGUAUCCAAAAUAACAUAUUAACUCUUAAUCUAGUUAAACAAGAUACUGGAAAACCAGAAUCUAUCUUGGAAACAUCAGUUAACCAAGACCUAGGUAUAGGAGGUUUUCACACAUCUUUUGAGAACCUGAAUUCUACAACUAUCACUUUGACAACUUCAAAUUCAGAAAGUAUUCAGCAGUCUUUGGAAACCCAAGAAGGUCAAGAAGGUCUCGAAAUAACUACCAAUCAUCCUGCUAAUCCCAACUUUACAAAUAAUUCCAUGGAAAUUCAGUCAGCACAGGAAAAUCCAUUCUUAUUCAGCACAAUUACUCAAACAGCUGAAGAAUUAAACACAAAUAAAGAAUCUGUUAUUGCCAUUUUUGUACCCACAGAAAAUUCCAAACCUACAAUUAAUUCUUUUAUACCUGCCCAAAAAGAAACUGUGGAAAUGGAAGACAUUGACGAUGAAGAUUCCUUAUAUAAGGAUGUAGACUAUGAGACGGAAGUUUUACAAAUUGAACAUUCUUACUGCAGACAAGACAUAAAUAAGGAACAUCUUUGGCAGAAAGUCUCAAAGCUACAUUCAAAGAUAACUCUUCUUGAGCUACAAGAACAACAAACUCUAGGAAGAUUGAAGUCUUUGGAGACUCUUAUAAGGCAGCUAAAACAGGAAAACUGGUUGUCUGAAGAAAAUGUCAAGAUUAUAGAAAACCAUUUUACAACAUAUGAAGUUACUAUGAUAUAAAGAGGUUGUAAAGCUAUGACUUAUGUAAGCUUUUUGCAGCCAAACCAAAUUAUAUGUAAAGUGAACUUAUUCCUGUAUAAAGUUCUCAUCUUAAGCUAAGAAAUGUUAUGAACUGCAUCCCGUUCUUGUAAUGCGUAUUUUUGAGAAAAAUUAGAAUAUUGUUGAGCUGUAGAGAAAAAGUUUCAUUACUUGAUAAUUUUCCAAAUUAAAGUUAAAAUAUAGUAAAUAAAUAAUAUUAUUAAAUCAUAAAAUGAGAGAACACAUGUGGUAAAAU